UUAGUGCUUUACUCACUGGUCGGCGACUGUUGCGGUGGGUUUGAUGUUGACGACUUGAUUAGCCUGCCUGCUUGCACUGCCCACGGCGCUCAGGUCGGCCACGUAAAGGCUCACCUCAGGGUUCGCGGUGCCCGCCUGCACAAACACACAGAGACACAAAAUUACAUUCUGGUGGUUGGCGGCUUAUGCGGUCGGCACAUUUACGCCUUUGAUCAUUCGUGACUCGUUUUUUCCCAACUCUACCAAACGGCUCUUCUCUGAUACAUAUUAUUGAAUAUAUAAAAGAUUUUGUAAUCAUCUAGUAAUAUAGAGGUGUGAAUCAAUAAUUUCCACGUCCUAAGCUAUGGAAAAUAACUAAUAUGAAAAAAAUGCGACAGAGAAGGUCAACAACCAAGAGAAUAUCGUCACUGGUGAUUGUAUCCCUCCUUGUGGGCAGCGUGGCAAUACUUUUAUUUCUGCACAAAAUGAUAAGUGACCUGACCAGGUCCCCUACAGAGCCUAUCGUUGGGUCGCGGAUUAAAAAUCCUUUCAUCGCAUCGGAAAUAAUUCCAAAACAGUCGGUUCCGAGUUUUGUGAUGAAGCAUUUGGACGGCGAGGGACCGCGGCUGGCGGAGAGCUAUGGUCGGUACCCAAACCCCAUGAGGAUCAAGUACAACAACAUCUACUGGCAAGUGCAGGAAAUGGAUAACAAAAUUACUUAUUACCUAUACGGCGCCUACUACGACAACCGAACGCUCCUGCCAGCGCCCACGGUCCGCGUCCUGGGUCAUGUCAACCGCUACCAACCCAACAAGCUACAGAACCUCUCUUGCCAGUUAUGGUUCAAGGACGACCCUAAGCCUAUCGUGGUUAAGGUAUUUGAGUUUUUUUACCUUUACCGGCACGAAUGGCAUUAUCUGCUAGUGGCGCCCGAUCUACUGGAACCGUAUUUUGUCAACUGCUUGUUGCCGCCGAAGUUAACGGGAGGUCGAAUUCCCGAGUCUGUGUCUCUGGUCGAGGAGCCGUGGCACAACGCGACCAACAACUUGAGGGUGCUUUACACGCCGACGCCGUCCGGCGGCAAGAAAAAGUUCGCCGUCUGCGUCAAGGGCCUCAACUUCUACCACGACGCCACCCAGGCCGUCCGCAUUGUUGAGUGGCUCGAACUGCUGCGCAUCCUCGGCGCCGACAAGGUUUUCUUUUACCAAUAUCACGUUCACCCAAAAAUAGGUCGCGUACUGCAGCACUAUGAGAAUGAGGGGUUUGCCGAGGUGAUAAAAAUCACCCUCCCCGGAUUCUACCCCAACAUCCCGGAGUUCCAAAACACCUUCUUCCAAAAGAAUAUCGACGCGCAAGAGCUGACCGAGCUGAUCCACUACAAUGACUUCCUUUACAAAAACCUUAAUUUAUUCGAGUACCUGGUGCCAAUCGACAUUGAUGAGGUAAUAGUGCCUCGGUCAGCCUUUACGUGGCAUGAACUUUUGAAUAAAGUCAUCCCCAAAUCGCUGAAGUCGAUGCCCUCGCCAGUCGUGUCAUAUGUGGCGCGCAACGUCAUGUUCAUGGACGACAUGGCUGAGAUGCAAGACUUCGAGCCAGAAAUCCCGCGCUACAUGCACAUGCUGCAGCACGUGCACCGCAACUCGCGGUACUCCGAGUUCAGUAAACAAGUCAAGUGCAUCCACCGCGCUGAUAGGGCGGUCGCUCUGCACAACCACUACGUACUCGCCUGCCUAUCGGGCUUCAAGAACUUCUCUUACUGGGCCUAUGCAGAAAAAUGCCAAAACUACCACAUGGACACGGAAGACGCGCACCUGCAACAUUAUUGCAUUGGAAAAACGAAGUACGAUUGCCGCACUAGAGCGAUUUCUGGUGAGCUCACGGUCGACACCACUCUCUGGAAGUACAAGAAUCAACUGAUCGCCGCCACAACUGAGGUUCUCAAAAAGACUGGUGUCCUUCCAUGAAAAUUCGCAGUGAAAACCAAAAAAUAUCUCAGUUUUUCCAACUAAAUAUGUUCAAUAAAAACAAAUGUAGUGUGAAAAAGUCUUAUU